UCCCGUCUCGUCCUCUGCCCAUCGUCGUUAUUCCUAUCUCCCCCACGAUUCCCACGCCCCCUCCAAAAACCCCCCCCUCUCGCCUCACAGCGCGGCCGCCGGCUUGGUGUGGCGCCCGACCAUGUCGUCCCCGGCGCCGCCACAGCAGGCACCGCCGGCGCAGCCUCCCCCGCCGCCAGCCGCCGCGCCCCCCACCGCCGUGCCCACGACGGUCGUCUCCGCGACCCCCAUCUCGGUGCAGCUGCCGCCUAUCCAGCCGAAACCGCCGCCGCCACAGCCGCAGGCGCAGGCGCAGCAGCAGCCGCCGCCGGGUAGCGCUUCCGGCCCGCAACCGCCGACGCCGGCGCAGCUCUUGAAUCUGGGCCCGCAGCCGCCGCUGUACCGGGGCCCGAUCUGCUGGAACUCCUAUUGCAAGGACCCCGACCCCAACUCUUUCGGCCGCCGCGGCUGGAAGGUCCGCUCGGGCCCGCCCUACUCCGUGUACGCCGACCUCUGCGGGAGAUGCUAUUCUCAGUUUGAACAGGGGAUAUACUGCGAAACGUUCCAUUCCGAAGAGGGCGGCUGGAGGAACUGUGAAUCCUGCGGGAGGAGGGUACAUUGUGGCUGCAUCGUGUCCAUCCACAAGUAUCAGCUCCGCGACGCUGGUGGGGUUGACUGCGCCAAGUGUGCUCGGAGCACCCGUGCUGCCAUGGCACCACCGAGUCCAGUAUGGACCGCCCCUAUUCAUACUUCUCAAAAUGUAUCUGAUAGAAGAGACAUUCCUGUGAAGAGCUGGAGACCUCCUGCCGGGCAAAUUUCAAGUCAGUGGAGACAGACUAACCUGUGGAGCAUGUCCAGUGUACAGUCAGACUUGCAGCAGCGUCUAGCUUUUGAGUUUGAUAGGCCUAGUGGUAGUGAAAAGUUACUUCCUGGGCGCACUUUUAUUCAUGCCCAGGAAAGGAAAUUUGAUGACAUGCAUGACAGACCAACAACUCCUGUGGGCAUGAACCACAUUAUAAGGGAGAGAGAUCCCAAUGGGCAUGGCCAGCCCACCAAUAUGGAUCCAGCAUACUCUUAUACCCUCUAUCACAGAGAUGGAUCACAUCCAAAUAAUCUUCAUGAUCCUAGUCACCCUGGUGGAGAAAACGACUCUUUGUCUUCCAGAAAAGUGGCAAUGCCAGAAGCUUCUACAAGUGCAGAUGCUGGCUUCAAGCUUGAUUCACAUCAUCCGUCUAAUUUAAAGGAUGAUCCACCAUCCCUUUCAGUUGGUCUGGCUUCUAAUUUUGCAUCACAGAAUGGACAGAAAGACCAUAUCAGAAUUGCACCUAGUCAGCAGCAAGCACAAAUGGCUUCCUCCUCAUUGCAGAAACAAUUCUAUUCUCACACUGUGACUGGUUAUAAUGAAUUCCAAGCACAGUUGCGCAAUGGAAGACCAAGAAUGGAUGCAAAGGCGAGAUCACAGUUACUUCCCCGCUAUUGGCCUAGAAUAACAGAUCAAGAGCUACAGCACUUAUCUAGCGAGUAUCCGACAUAUUCUACUUGCAUUAAUGAUUCAAAUUCUGUUAUUACUCCUUUGUUUGAAAAGAUGUUAAGUGCUAGUGAUGCUGGGCGGAUUGGUCGUUUAGUUUUGCCAAAGAAGUGUGCUGAGGCAUACUUCCCUCCGAUCUCCCAACCUGAAGGGCUCCCUUUAAAGGUUCAGGAUGCCAGUGGUAAAGAAUGGAUAUUCCAAUUCCGUUUCUGGCCAAAUAACAAUAGCAGGAUGUAUGUAUUGGAGGGUGUCACACCUUGCAUUCAGGCAAUGCAGUUACAAGCAGGCGACACAGUUACCUUCAGUCGAAUAGAUCCAGAAGGGAAAUUGAUCAUGGGCUUUAGGAAGGCAACUAAUAAUUCUUCUGAACAGGAGCAAAUUACAAAGCCUGCCAAUGGUGCCCCGGCAACUUCAGAAGCAAAUGGUAAAGUUUCUGGUGCAGAUUCUAGUCCAAAUGCUGCAGUUUCCCGUCAAAACAAGGUCAACAUAGAGACCAAAAGUUCUAGCCCUGUGGAACAAGCCACUGCAUUGAAAAUGGAUAAGGAUGGAUUAACACAGAAGGAAGGGCCAGGAACUGCUAGUUCUUCCCCAGGUUCUGUCAAGAGAAAAACAACUAAUCUUGGUCAAAAGAAUAAAAGAUUACGGAUGGAUAAUGAGGAAUCAAUGGAGUUGAAGAUAACGUGGGAGGAAGCACAAGAAUUGCUUCGUCCUCCUCCUAAGGCACCAUCCAUUGUUAUUGUUGAUGGCCAUGAGUUCGAGGAAUAUGAGGAGCCACCGGUACUUGGAAGGAAGACUUAUUUUGUAGCAGAUAAAUCAGGUUCGGACCAUCAAUGGGCCCAAUGUGAGGAUUGUUCCAAAUGGAGGAAACUCCCAAUAGAUGCCCUGUUGCCCUCCAAAUGGACCUGCUCUGACAAUAAAUGGGAUCCAGAAAGGUCUUCUUGCGAACAUGCACAGGAAAUAAGUAUGGAGGAGCUUGCAGAAAUCAUUCCUAUAAAAUAUGCCAAAAAGCCCAAAUCGAGGAUGGAAUCUGAUGCUAUUGAUGCUUCGGAUGGGCUGGACACACUUGCAAACCUUGCAAUUCUUGGCGAAGGUGAAGCUCUUCCUUCGCAGCCAACAACGAAACAUCCUCGCCAUCGUCCCGGCUGUUCAUGCAUUGUCUGCAUCCAACCACCAAGCGGCAAGGGUCCAAAGCACAAGCAGACAUGCACCUGUAACGUUUGUAUGACGGUUCGCCGCCGGUUCAGGACGCUCAUGCUUCGACGUGAGAAGAAGGCGACAACAGAUACGCCUCGCAAGAAAGAGACAGGCCAAUCCAGUGAGAAGGUCACACAAGCUGUGUCCACCCCGCCAGUAGCCAGUGCCAGUGCAACCAGCCCCCCUCGGAAAGCAGAUGGAAACGCCGAUGGGGCUGAAGACAUGGCCGUGGAUCACAAGGUGACAUCCUCUCCCGUCAAGAACCAUAUUGACCUGAACAUCCAACCUGAUCGGGAUGAUGAGCAGUCACCGAAAUCUGGUACGGCUGGUUUGUUGAGCCGAGACAAUCCAAGUUAAGAGAGUGGGUCGCGUGGAUUGCCUGAUCAUUCCGGUGAGUGGACAUAGAUAACCGAUCGAACCCAUCCUUCCGAAUGUCUAUACCCAUUUUUUAUGAAAGAUGUGGCGUGAGCCGUGAGGUGUUAGUGUAGCUGUUACCUGUUACCUUCCCAUACCAUAGAGCCGGUUUCCUUUUUCCCUCAGACUCCAGUGGUAAUGUUUAUCGUGUAUACCAUAGGGCAGGAUACCCGUAGGUGUUGCAUGGGGCCUUGCAUACCCCUGUAUGCAUGUAUGUAUUGCAAGACCAGCUCGUUUCGGCUGAAUGUAAACCGUAAGUUGCUAAUGUACCCUGCAUAUAUUUCUCCCGGAGUUGGCAGGAAUUGCCACAUUCGUAUGUGUGUUCAGGAUGAA